AUGUAUGGUCAUCAAGAUCGAUGCGACCGUACAGCGUACGUGGCCGGGUUGCAACCGUCAAUUUCGGAUAUUGAACUUUUCGAAGUUUUCAACAAAGUAUCACACGUAGAAAAAGUUAUUGUUCGCAAUGCUUCUACUCGACACGCAUUGGUUGUCUUCAAGUGAGUAACAAUUCAUAGUGCUUUUCAAAUAAAUGUGUUUCAGAUCUGUUGAAGGUUUGUAUCUAGCUUUGGUACAUUUUCAAGGGAUUGUGCUUCAUGGAAGACAGCUUCAUAUUCGCCCUCUACGGGAAAGUUCGCACAAAUCAUUGAACGAAAACGGCGGCAAUCAAAUGAUGUAUGAUCAAAGACGUAGACCACAGUCUGUUCAAGAAAAGUUUCAUCCGAACAGUCUUUAUACAUACAGUAACAAUCGAAACAAUUCAUCUGGUCGUAAUGGUUCUUCUCGUCGUCGUGCAUCAUACAAUCGGAAUGCGCAGCCAAUUCAACACUCAAUGAGAGACAAUUUAUCUCCACCACAAUAUCUUUCUUUCAAUAAUGAUAUACAAUUUGAUGACUAUUCGGAAAGCGCUCAGAGGUUAGAAUUUUCUCCGUUUUCCUGCAUUCUGCUUUUUAAUCUUACGAUUUAGAUUCGAUAGCUUGGCUAAUUUGAUACGAGGACCACAUCCAGGAAAUCCAUAUACAAACAAACCAGCACAGUAUGUCAAGAUCGUGUUAUACUUUUUGUUUUUUAUUACAAGUUUAUUUUCAGAAUACCUGAUGGUCAAAAAUCUCGCUCAAACUCUGCCAAAGAAUGUUCAAAACCAGCACCGCCGACGUGGAAAAUGGAAUUGCAGAUCAAAAAAGAAAACGAAGUUCAGCAAAAUGGGCCUGCGGCCGCCCAAGUUUAUCGUAAAAAUCCCGAGCAACCUGAAAAAAUGACAGCUCAAGAAUUGUUGGCCAAAUUUUCUUCGUUUGGAACCGAGAAGGAGAACUCAAAUGAAAAUUCAAAGAAGAAGCGCCCAAAUUUGUCAGUCAUCAAUCCUUCGCUUUUUUACGAACAAUAUCCACGUACUUCAUCACCAUUGGCAUUGGUCAAUACCGGUGAGUUUAUCAGUUUACUUGAAGAUAAAAAAGUUGUUUAUUUUCAGAUGUGGUUGAUAAAGCUGUAUCUCCACACGAUCCAGCAGUUCUUGCAUAUCGCCGUGCUCGUGCUCCAACUAUAAUCGCUGAUCUUUCUCCAAUCGAUAUUCGUAAUUGCUCAUAUGUAACCAAACAUUUUGCCGAAAAUUCCAAGGAAAUGGCUUUGCAGCCAACUUUGAAUCGACGAGAAAUGACAAAUGAAGAGUUAUCGGAUAUGAUUGUUUCUACCGGAAAUCUUCGGAUCGAUUUACCGUUCUCGGUAAUCGGCAAACAAUGUAAGUUUAUCCAUCGGAACUCAAAUAUCUAAUAUUAUUUCUCAAUUCAGCCAAUGACGAACCUGCUCCAUGGUCUCCAGUGAAAAGAGUUCGUGCAGAGAGCGGUUCCUUGUCCUUGAUGCACAUAAAUAGUCCACAUUUCUCACCAAUAAAAUUAGAAUUCGAUGAUGAUGUUUUCUGCUUUGAAAACAAUGGAAAACUCGUCGAUGAUUCGCCCAAAAAAUCUGGCGAAAAUAAGAACGAUGUUGUUGUUGAUGGUAAUAAUGUGGAACAGAAACUGAAAAGUUAUCAAGAUAUUACCAACAGCCGACUUCCAUCAAACUGUCAUUCAGCGAAUCCGUCAUCUGACAAACGUUCUUUCGUAUUUCCAGUAUGUUUUUUUUAUCUGAAGCUAAGUAUUUAUAUAAUUAUUGUUUUUGUUUUUUCAGGAAUACUCGCCAAUAUUCCGUCACGUAUCUGUUCCUUCAUUGACAAAUUUCGUGUCGGAUAUCACAGAUUUUGGAAUUGGUCUCCAUUCGCAACAUGUUUCGAUUGGUGAAAAACUUGUUUGCAGUUCUUCGAGUUCAGCUGAGGUCUCUGCAUCUCACUCAAAAUCCUCGUUAGAAUCUGAUCAAAAAAUCAACGAAUUUGUCGAAAGUGAGAAACCAUUGGCAAUGAUUUGA